AUGGACGAGAACUUCGACACGUUCCUGAACUACGAGGUCGAUCCGAACUUCGACGACGACGACGAACGGGGCGCCUCUGCCGCCGCCGCCGGCAGCGGCAACCCCAGCGAGGAAAGCCUCGAGCCGAGCGAGGAAAGCCUCGAGGAAGCGACCGCGGCGGCGGCGGCGGCGGCGGCGGCGCCUCCCCCGAAGAAGGGCGCGGGGAGGAGGAACGCGUGGGGGAACUUGUCGUACGCGGAGUUGAUAACGAGUGCGAUCGAGCGAUCGGAGAAUCGGAGGCUGACGCUGAGCGAGAUCUAUUCGUGGAUGGUUCACAACGUGCCGUACUUCCUAGACAAGGGAGACACGAACAAACAAGCUCGGCUGGCUGGAAAGGUGUAG